CUGUCAUUUACUAAGUAUGUGUUUUGUCCAACUUUCUUCAUGACAGUCUGUGAUUCCGUAAAUCUUGAAGAUCCUUUGAAAACAUGCUCAGGUCUGCGAACAGUGUCACCCACUUUGACUUAGCUCAAAUGGGGUUGCUCCAGUAGGUGCACGGGGAGUACCAUGUGUUUUUUCCAACUUUCUUCAUGACAGUCUGUGGUUCCGUAAAUCUUGAAGAUCCUUCGGGAACGUGCUCAGUAAGUGUCGUCAUAUGUGAAGUAAAGCAGUCGAGCUGACCAUCUGGUGAUUCUCAGUCCAGCACUGCCAGACCCAUUGGAGAUGAGUAAGGUCAUAAUUGCCUGAUGAGCUAUACGACGGACAAAGCGACAACCCCAAAGAUAGGUUCUCCACCUUUCCACAGCCCAUACACAGAUUGGAUCUUUUCUUCAUUUAAGCUACCAAGAUGUAUUUGAGACUGCGAAAAUCAAGGGUUUGCAUUUUCCCACUGCUAACAAUCACAGCAAUCUCCAUCCUUUUAUGGAAUUUUUCUGGAUAUUUCAUUUGUCAUCGGGAAUCGAGCCUUUGUGGCUGUCACAAGUGUUUAACAGAUGAAGGUGAUCCUUGGUUUAAAUGGAUCAGAGGAGAAGCUCCUAAACCAUUUUUGUCAAGGAGAUAUCAACUCUCAGAGGAUGAUUUCAACUGGUGGAAGAAUUUGCAGGGGGCAAGAUAUCAAAACUUCACUUUCUACAACCAAACAAUAGACAAGGUGUUUCAGAUAAUCACACCCAUUGCAGAUGUUACAGAACCCAGCCCUGAUCACUGCAAGCGUUGCGCUGUAGUGGGGAAUUCUGGAAAUUUGAAAGGAUCACGUUAUGGAGCUCUGAUUGAUUUCCAUGAUAUCGUAAUAAGAAUCAACUACGGCCCUACCAAAGGCUAUGAAACAGAUGUUGGAACCAAAACAACUCAUCGUGUCAUGUAUCCAGAAAGUUCUACUAAAUUGGACAACACAACUCAUCUUUUGUUUUUUCCAUUCAAAACACAUGACUUUCAAUGGCUCUACAAGUGCUUAAAUCCAGGGGAAGGGUAUUUUCGACAUGCUAAUAAAAUAGUCAACAAGGAUUUGAUAAUGAUCCUCCAUCCGGCUUUCAUGAAAUAUGUUCAUCAAGUCUGGCUGGGAAAGAACGGACGUUAUCCAUCCACUGGAUUUCUGACUGUGGUUCUCAGUUUACUGAUGUGUGAUGAGGUCAGUGUAUUUGGGUUUGGAGCAGACAGCGAAGGAAACUGGAGCCACUACUUUGGCAUCCUCAAAAACAAACAAAUAAAAACAGGAGCUCAUCCAGGAAAAUAUGAAUAUGAACUGAUUGAUAAAUUACACAAGAGGAAGAAAAUCUUGUUUUUUAAAGGAUGGUAAUUUUCUUUUUCUAUUUACAAUUGCAUCUUUAUCUGAGGGAACUCAUCAGUAGUAAACCUAAUCCUGUGUCACAAGAAUAUAUAAAUGGAAAAAAAAAAUUCUGAUAUGCAUCAAAAAAUCUGUACAUAUUUUCAAAAAAGGACUUUCUGCUUCACUCCAAAAUAAAGGCUUAGGGUUCAGAGCAAGGGUUGGGAUUGUCACUAAUAAUGACUUAGACCUCAGAGAGGUAACAGAAGCUUCUGUUAACAGGUGUUUAUCCACAAAUAAAAUAUGUAUCAUUAUAAUACUCUCAUCUACCUGUUUCCUCCAAAUCAACAAGAAACCCAAAAUGCAAAGGUGUUUUGUGUUUAGCACUUUUUACUCCAUGAAUUAAUUGAUUAAAUAUUGAGCACCUGGAUGAGUGGGUACAAUGCCAUUCAUAAUAAAGAAAUGGAGUGUUUGGAUAAACAAGUGUAAACAACAAAAUGUUAAAGGGUUAUUUAUUAAUGAAUUAUACCUUUGUGUACUACAAAAUCACACACCAGUAGAUAAAUUCAGUAUGUAAAUUAUAGCAUUGGUUGACAGACAUACAGAGGUCCAUUAAAGGAGACAUAUCACAUUUUUUUGUGUACUUUGAGUGUGUAGGAGUUCAGGAAAUUUAAAUACAUUCUGUCCCAGUGCUGCAUAUAUAUGUUUAUAUUCUUGUCAGUCUGUUCAGUUUUCUCUAUUCCCUGUUACGUCUUCUUUCCUCUUACUUCACAGUAUUUGCUGUGGAACUGCUAAACAAGGACAUGGACUUCCGGCUUACAGAUUUCAUGAAUCCACCAUUUUUUUCUUGCAGUGAUUUUGUUGUCCAAGUUCAGUUAUGCCGAAGUUGCAAGCAGACAAGAAAAAAAAGUUCAGUUGUUGGGUAUAUUAACUAGGGAUGGCAAGAUACCACUUUUUUUAGGUCUGAUACCGAUAUUUUACAUUUGGAUAUCUGACGAUACCGAUACAAAUCCGAUCUUUUUAAAAAAACAAACAAACAAACAAUUGAUUUCAAAUGCCUGGAUAUAUUUUACAAAAGUAAACAGUCUCUCACACAACAAAAUCAAAUCUUUUAGUUGUCCCACGUACAAGACUAAGAACCAGGAAGGGGCAGAGCUUAUCAGGCAGUGGUGACAAAGCUCUGGAACUGUUUACCAUUCCAUCUCCGUUUAGCUGACACUGUGGCGUCUUAAAACAUUGUUGAAAAUGUUUCUGUUUAACCAGGCUUUCUGUUGACUUUAUUUUUAUUAUUUUUCUUUUAAUAUGGUAAUUUUAAUAGGUUUUUAACAUGGUGUUUUAUCUUGGUUUUUUUGAUCUUGUGUUUUAAUUACUGUACAGCGCUUUGUGACUUUUUGUCUGUG